CACUUAGGCAGACAAAACCAUGAAGUCCAUUUUGCUCGUAGCCUUCCUGGGAGUGGCUCUUGCCUUCCCCAUCGAUGAUGCCGAUGAUGAUAAGAUUGUGGGAGGAUACACCUGCCAGAAAAAUUCAGUCCCUUAUCAAGUCUCACUAAAUUCUGGAUACCACUUCUGUGGGGGUGCCCUCAUCAACAACCAGUGGGUUGUGUCAGCUGCUCACUGCUACCAAUCACGAAUCCAAGUGAGACUUGGGGAACACAGUUUGUCCUUAAAUGAUGGCUCUGAGCAGUACAUAAAUUCAGCAAAAAUCAUCCGUCAUCCCAACUACAACUCACGACUCUUGGACAACGACAUCAUGCUGAUCAAGCUGUCCACACCAGCCACCCUCAACAGCCGAGUCACAUCUGUCUCUCUACCCAGCAGCUGUGUCUCGACUGGGGCACAGUGUCUCAUUUCUGGUUGGGGUAACACCCUCAGCAGUGGCACUUACUAUCCUGACACACUGCAGUGCCUGAAGGCUCCUGUACUGUCUUCAACGCAAUGCAGAAAUGCUUAUCCAGGGCAAAUCACAAACAAUAUGAUAUGUAUCGGAUUUUUGGAAGGUGGUAAAGAUGCUUGCCAGGGUGACUCUGGUGGUCCUGUAGUCUGCAAUGGGCAGCUCCAGGGUGUUGUCUCCUGGGGCAUUGGGUGCGCUCAGAGGGGCUAUCCUGGAGUCUAUACCAGGGUCUGCAACUAUGUCUCAUGGAUUCAAAACACUGUACGUUCCAACUGAUUACAGCUUCUCCGUUAGUUUGGAUUCAGAACUAUGAUGCAUGUAAAGUAGAGUCAUGAAAAUUAAAGUAUGAUUCAUGCAAA